UUUCUCUAUUACGUAAUCAACGAGAACAGUUGACCAAUCAGAUUCGAGGAGAGGUAUAUUACCACCAAUCACAAUGUGGUGGACAAUGAGUUAUUCAUUUUUUGUAUGAAUAUUACAGUGCAAACAAUUAAACAUUGACAUUUCAUGCUACUAUCUCACCAAGAUAAACAUGUUGAUGCUUAAUUUUCCCAUGUAUCGAUGGAAUAAAUUGUGACGGUUUUAAACCUUCUUCUUUUCUUGUUGAACAUUGAAUUUUCAAAAUAAAAUCAGGGGAAAAUUAUCAAUUUUAUUAAACGGAACUGUUCAAAAUACACACACACACACAUUAAUAUGGAAUUAAAUCAAUACUUUUGUGUGUAUUAGAAGAGGAACAUUUACCUAAUACCUAUCCUUGAUAUAAGGAUUCUCAUAAAUAAAUAUUUUGGAUGUAAAUAUAUAUACAUAUAUGUAUAUUUCUGGAUUAGGUGUACAGAUUGAUCCUGUAAACUGAUCUUUUCGCAUAUAUUAUAUCUAUCCAAUCAACAUACUCACCUCUUCCGACAGAGUUUGGAACCUCGAAGCUCAAGAUUAAAAAUUAUAUAUACACCUAGAGAAGAAUACAAAGAUACGACAGAUAUGAAAUCUAAAAGCCUCCAGAACUUUCCUCAACUUCCCUCCACCGUAUACCUCAUUCUUCUACUUCUUCUCAGCAUCCCUGGAUCAUCACUGGUCAAAGCUUGCCUCCAAUUAACAGAAAAUGAUCGCCCCGUCCUCUUUUGUCAAUCAGCUAUCCCUGCCUUACCGAUACCAAAGAAUGAAAUACCCGCAAAAGUCGCCAAAUUGACAAUAUCUGGUAUGAAUGAAUUAAAUCAGCACAAUGGUAUACUGACACGUGAUAAUCUAACCGGUUUAGAGACGCUGACCUACCUUCAGAUAAGUAAUUUCGCUUUGAAAGAAAUCGAUACACACACUUUUUCAGCUAUGGAACAUUUACGUAUCCUUGACCUAUCAAAGAAUCAUAUAAUUACUAUCCGACCAGAAGCAUUCGCUGGACCUUCGUUGAAACUGCUCUCCUUAACUGAUAAUAAAGGUAUUCGCUUCGACAAGGCAUCAUUUCACGGGGCUAGAGUAUUUCAUUUAGCUGCUAGAAAUUGUGAUUUAACCACUGUGGAUUAUGAGACGAUCGCUGAAGCUAAACCAAAACAGUUAAGUCUGUCCGAUAACAAAUUGACUUGGCUAGAUCCACAAUUCGCUGAGCUUGUUAUCGACUCGUCAAAAUUGAAAAGUUAUCAUUCAUCUGGAAGGCUGUCAUCCUCCUCUCAUUCACCUAUUCUUGGUUAUUUAGAUUUAAGCAACAAUCCUUUAAACUGUAACUGUCAACUGGUGUGGUUAUCAAGACUUAGUGAAAGUCAAUCGUACGAUGCUUAUCAAUAUAUGAAUAGUAAAGAAUUAACCAAUAAUAACAACAAUAACAAUGACCUUCAAAUGGAUGCUUCUGAUUGGCCAGUUUCACCAAGUGAAUCAUCUAUUCGUAUUAUGCAACAUUUGAAUAUGACAUGUGCUCAACCGCCUUCAUUAGCUGGUAAACGAUUACCACGUAGUUGGGAGUAUUUUUGUCCACUGCCAAGUAUAACAGGAAUUGAAAUCAAUCUAUUAACACCAAGUGCUGAUCUCGCUCAGUUGACAUGUAUUGGACGAGGUCGACCAACACCAAGUCUUGCAUGGACAUAUAAAAUACACGGACAAAAAGUACAACAAAUUUUAGAUGCAUCUAUUAAACAGCAAACAUUCAAUGAUCAAUAUUUUUUACAAUCUGUAGAUAAAUCUUUAUCUUUAGAUACUGCAAAAAAUAAUAAAUUAAUUGAACGUAAACUAGCACUGAAUGUAAGCUUGAAUUCAGUGAAUAUAAAAAAUUUCACUUGUACAAUAUGGAAUAAUGAUAAAGAUCCCCCGUCAUCGACAUCACUACUAGCCGCCGACAGUUCAUCAUCGGCUUCUUUAGACAGUAUUACAGAUAAACUGAAACCUACAUCACUUAUUGUUCCAACAAGUGAUAGUAACCAGCCGGAUCGAUUACAACAUUAUCGAAUUCAUGAAGUCACUGUACGUGUAUCUGGUCCACUGAGAUCACCUGAAUUUAUCAGUCCAGGAAUGAUCAGUGGAUCAUCCGCUGUGAGUAAUGCUCAACCACAACAACAACAAGGGUCAAAAGUUGAGAAUGAUGCAAAUUCACCGCCAACAAUGACAACAACCUCACAGAUGGCAACAAAUUCUCUUCAAGAAGGGAAACAAGACAGCUAUAGUUAUUUAUUUAUUAAAAGAUUUACAUUAUUAGAAUUAUUAGGAGCAGUUGUUGGAACAUUUAUCUCUACACUGGCAUUAUUGUAUCUGGCAACAAAUUGUCUCUCAUGGUUUUGUCAAAUUAAUAAUCAUAUGUCAGUGAAAAGUAUACGUAAGUCGAAUUUACGAUCAAAUAGUGGUAAAUGGUUUUCAUGGAUAAAUCACAAUCCUAAUAAUAACAAUAAUCAUAAUCAUAAUAAUAACACUAAUCUCCUGUUAAGUGGAGGUAACCGUCAGGCAAUGAUGAAUCAUAACACUCUAUCGCAUCGUUCCAGUCAGAAUGGGAAUGGUUUAGACGCGAAAUUGUUACAACAUGCGGAUAUACAGGAAACAACCUGUACUACAUUUGCUGAUAUGGGAUUAACUUCGUCGAUAGGCAGUCCUUUAGCAUCCCAGUUUAGUUCAACAACAAUAUCCACUCGACGACCAAAUAUCCCACAGGCGUUACUGCUUACCAGUGUACCAACACCACGACUAGAAGCGAAUUCUACACCACCGCCAAAUCCAGCCUACUGGCCUAUGCCAGAAUAUACCUAUUCAGGUGGUGCUGGUAGUCAUGAAUAUGAUGUACCUAGACCAUUGGAAGCAUUCACCAGUGAAAGAUGCUGUCUAAAGUCUGCAAUGCCAGAGAAUAUCACACUGAAUCCAAGUACAGCACAGUCAUUUCUUAAUUUAGCUGCACAAUCUUUAUUCCCCAUGAAUGGUGGUGGUACACAACAGGUGAAUAGAAAUGAUUUAGCCGGUGUGGGAGGAGGAGGAGGUAAGCCAAACGGAGGCAUCUUUCAGACAUCUGCAACUAUCCCCCCGUUGACUAUGCAAUGGACACAGACAAUAAAUCCAAUGAAUAAUACAUUGACAAUUAAUCCUGUUCUUGCAUGGCAAUCGAAUUUAAUGAAUUCAAAUAAUUCAUCAUCGUUACUGACAUCGACACCAAGUGAUAAACAGAUACACAGUAGUAAUUAUACAAAUCAACCAUCAACACAAUCCAUCUUGUAUACAUCAGAUUAUCCAACUUAUCUACAGACACGACCAUAUCCUCAUCAUAAGGAACAACAACAGCAACAACAACAGCAGCAGCAACUGCUUGAACAAUUAAUGACAAAUUCUGCACGAAGUUAUCCUGUUGAAAAUUUUACAACAACAACUCCUGUAGAUAUCCUACCUCAUGAUCUUCCAAGAAAAUCAGACAAUAAAAUUCAUAUGAAUGGAUCAGAAAGUUAAAUAACCUCUCCUAACCCUUAUUAAACUGUAAUACACACGCCUUGGUGAAUAGAAAGCGACAGAAUCGAAGUAAACUAGAAGAGUGUAGAAUCAACUCAUUAAGUGUAUAUGUGUUGUCCUGAGUUGAGUUGAGUUAAGCUGAGUUGAUUCUAUUACUCAAAGCAUUUUUAUUAUUAUUACUAUUAUUACUACUAUUGUUAGUAUUCCUAUUAUUAUGAAAAUAAAUUUUGUGUGUAUACAGUUAAAAUCAUAUUCUCUCGACAAUUUUCACAUUUGUGUAAAUGAAUAAAAUAAUCUUUAUAAAAAGACAGUCACAGUUUUAUAGACACAAUUUUUCUCUCUGUUUGUGUGUGUGUGGUUGUGUGUGGAGAACUUGAUUUUAUCUAUCUAUCUAUCUAUCUCAGUUAAAUACACAUAUAUGUUGAAUACAAAUGCAACAUAAUCUUCCCACCUCAAUCAACUCUUAAAACGUAUUAUCCUCAACAUCAUUAUGCUCAAAUUUACCCCUCCCCAGCCGCCUCUUUCCCUCUCCCCGACACAAAAAAUAAACACACGAAAACUAUUCCAAAGUCUUUCCUAAUCAAUUUUAAACAACUCACCUUAUUCAUAUUAUGGCAAAAAAACUUUAAAAAAAACAAACCUUUUUGUGUAUCGAAAAU